CUAUGAAUGAAAUCUUACUACUCACAACAAUGGCAACAAAAAUGUAAAAAAAAUAUAAUUUAAUACGUUCGGUUCAAUCGAUAAAUGAUAACACUGACACUUAAAUAUCUUAAAUAUAUUAAUUUUUAAUUUUUGGUUUAUCGUAGACUAGCAGUUUCAGUAUUUGUGCUGAUAAUAAAAAGAUACUAAGGCUGAAGUCAACAAUAUGAAAAAACAACUGAGGUGUACCGAGAACGGCGCUGAGGUAAACACGAGUAGGCAAGAAGAAAUUGAUAAGCUGAGAGCGGAACACGAGGCGAUGGUUUUGAAUUUAAAAUUCGAGCACGCGAUGGAGAUAAGGAAUAUGCACAUAUACUAUGAGUCAAGGAUUGGUGAACUGCAAAUUCAACACGGUAUGAUGGUCAAUGACAUAUAUCGAGAUUAUGAUAUGUUUGUCGACCAUUUGCGAAGUUUAAAUUAUAACCAGGGAAUACGCCAAGAAGCCGCGCUGAAAAGCAUGCGCGAACUUAAAGACCAGAUGCGUAAAGAUCAUUUUCAAGAAGUGCAGUGUAUGCGUUUAAAAUAUGAUAAUUUGGUCAAAGAGCACAAAAUUGAGAUUAAUGGUAUAGUUGAAGAAAACAAACUCAUCUGUGCCGAGUACGAGAGUAUAAUUCGAAAUAUGCGUGACGAAACCAAAGUUCUUAAAGAAAACAUAAAUAUCUCAACGAAUUAUUAUCUGACCAAUAAUGAUGCCAUCAUAGAGAAUUUGCGGAAUGUGUACAACAGUUCUUCGCUGGAAUUAUCAAGCACAUACCCCAAGCAAAAUGGAACUGAAGUCGAGGGACUUCAGCUUGUCGAGGAAGCUACCAUUAUAGCAGCACAGCUGCAGACAACCGACGGCCACGAAUAUUCUGAUGCCGUCACUACAACGAGCACUAUCGCUGACGACGACGCCGUGGACAUGGUAAAGUCGCAAGACACUAUGCUACAAACAACUGUAGAAGAUUGCCAGAAAUUAUUUUAUGAUACGGCACAAAAGCUGAGCCUGUUGCACGGGUACGUUUUCCCCAAGGAAUAACAUUUUUCUACUCAGACGGACGACCUACAGCAACAGCUGGACGAUUUUGAAGAACACACCCUCAGUCUACAAAACAGUCAUGACAACAGUUAAGAUAAAGACCAAGACUCCGAGGACGAAAAUUAUGCUGUCGUAGUGGCAGUGAAAUUUUUACCGAACAGUAAAUAGCAAUUAAAUGGUAGUAAUUUUGGUAAAUAGGUAGGUAAUCAUUUUUUCAAUUUAUCACCUAUUUUUUAAAUUCAGACUGGGACAGUUCCUAACUUUUUAUUAUAAUUGAUAAAAAUAUUUUAAACAAAAGACAAUAAACCACGUGCAUCAAUUUAUCACCUAUUUUUUAAAUUCAGACUGGGACAGUUCCUAACUUUUUAUUAUAAUUGAUAAAAAUAUUUUAAACAAAAGACAAUAAACCACGUGCAUCCGUAUAGGUCUCAAAAUUAGUCAAUAAAUCAUAAUUCACAACUUUUAUUUCUAAUCGUAAAUAAUAAUAUAGUAGUUAUAAAUAGUUGUAGAAUAAUAUUUAUUAUUAUAAUAUAGUUGAUUGAAUUUAGGUAUAAGACUCACAAAUAUGAUUGUUAUGUAAAUAUUGUUCAUUAUUAUGGACACUUUCGUCCGGUUAUUAUCGUACUGUAUACGCACUCAUUAACUGCUAUAGAUCAUUAUUAUGUACAAUACGUAGUAAUAAUAAUAUAUAAUAUUCGAUAAUUAUUUUAAUAAAUUGCCGUAUGUAUUACUUGCAUAAGUUGCGCUUUAAUUUUUUACUCAUGUAGUCAUAUGCCAUUCAAUUAAUUGUUUACUUAAAUUGUUACUUAUAUUAGUAUUAUUUACUUUCAGUUAUAAUAUGUAUCCUA